CUUUUCAUUUUCAAUUCGCAUAUUUUGCAAACUCUACUUUCAGUUAUUCGCCGAUAAUUGAUGUCAAAGGACGCAGUUGUGCUCCGCGUCCGCUGCCAUCGCCGCCGCCUUCACCUUUGCCGUUAUCGCCUCCAGUUCUACACAUAUAUCGUCGCAUCCUUAGCCAUAUCCUGUCGCCAUGCCAAAGGAGGAUCCGUUCGUGAAUCGCGCUCAGCUGCUUAAGGCCAUCAAGAAGUAUCCAGAGAUUUGGGACUCCAACAACAAGCUGCACUUGUGCCGCAGCGUCACAUCGCCCAUGUGGAACGAGAUCGCCGAACAGUUUGGCGGUCAUGUGCCUACAGUUAAAUUGCAGUCGAUUUGGAGUCAAAUGAAAUACCACUAUCACAAUCUGGUGCAUCGCCAGAUACUGCACAAGGAGCGCUUCAAUACCAAGUGGGAGCACUUUGAGCCCAUGUCCUUUAUGUACAACAUAACCGUGGCCAAGAUCGUGGGCACUCAGUCAAACUCCAGCAACUCCGAAGCAAGUUCGCCAAGCGAGUCUUCGCUCCAAGUGGGCGGCUCACCUCCUCCGUUGCCGCCACCGCUGCCCAGCGCCACACACGGGCGCGGGCGUCCCAGCGGCAGCUUCAGCUGGCUGCAGUCCACAGCCACGACGACGCCACCCAUUGCACAGUCCGCCGCCGCCGCCGAGCUGCCGCAUCUUAUUGAGCAGCCGGCCGCGCAUGGCAUGACCUACACCGCCUUCACCGGGCUGGUGCCGCCGGCUGCCGUCACCGUGGAGGCCACAACCACGCCCAUGCGCAAACUUGGCAGGCCCAGUUCGUUGCACAACAGCAUGCGGGGACGCAUCAUCGAUGCCAUUAAGGCGCGCCCCUCAUUGUGGGCGGGUCGGCAGCGCAGCGAGAAGGGUCAGGGCCAAAGUCGCACCUCGGCCGUGUGGAAGGAAGCGGCCAACGAGAUGGGCCUGACGCCGACUCUCAUGCAGACGCGCUGGUCUAUUAUCAAGCAGCGAUAUGUGGACGAGCUGCAAAAAGAGCGGCAUGCCCAAUAUGCGCAGCAGGGAUUCCGCUCCAACUGGGAGCACUUCGAGCGCAUGUCCUUCAUGCGGGACAUGCUGCUGCGGAAGGUGGACGAGCGCGAACAGACGCGCGAGCAUAUCCAGGAGAUGGUCAGCGAGCAGCAGCAGCAGCAACAGCAGCAUCAGCAUCACCAUCAGCCACAUCCGCAUGCCCAGCCUCAUCAUUUGCAGCUUUACCGGCCACCCGGACUGGCCGAGCACGCCCAGGACUUGCCCAUUGGCCAGGUGCAGCACCCGUUGGCGCACCAUGGAGCCCAUCCAGCGCUGGCCAUGCACCCGAAUCAUCAUCAUCAUGCCCAUCUUCAUCAGGUGCCGAUGGGCGGUCGACGACGUGUGAAGCACGAGUCGGAUCUGGAGUGGGAUCCCUUUGAAAUGAUUCUCCAUGUGCAGGGCAAUGGCGAGCCAGCGGCUAACUGAAGCAAGACUGAGUCCAGUGCGAGAAGAGCAACAGAGAGAGAGAGAGAAAGAGAGAGAGAGAGACAGAGACAGCUUAGGUCUACAGUAUACACUUAUCGCCAGAUGUAAAACUAACUACAUUACAAUCCAAUUUGUAUUUCCAAUUUUCCACUUUGCAAUCGAAUAAACAUCACAUAAAAUAAA